AUGUCUUCGAUCGCGACUACAGCCAAAACAGCAACUUCUUCGGCUCUGAAUACCGAAAGGUCCGAGAAUGGAGAGGUCAGAAGACUUCAUCAUAUUCCACGACCUGCCACUAAAGAGGCAGAGCGAAAAUGGCUACUAGGUCAAAUGGCCGCCGCCUUUCGCAUUUUUGCUAAGCUCGGAUUUUCUGAUGGGAGCAGUGGUCAUAUUAGCCUCCGAGAUCCCAUUGAUCCACAGACAUUCUGGAUAAAUCCGUAUGGGGUGCACUUUGCCCUUUUGAAGGUAUCAGACAUGGUACGUGUUGAUGAGAAUGGAAAUCGUGUAGAUGGCGCCGAUAAACCAGUCAAUGCUGCUGGUUUCAUGAUCCAUUCGGCAAUCCACCAAAGGCGACCUGAUAUCAAUGCUGCCUGUCAUAUGCAUAGUCCUUACGGUAGAGCAUGGAGUACAUUUGGAAAGUCAAUUGAUAUGAUCAACCAAGACUCCUGCAUGUUCUACGACGAUCUUUCUGUAUACCCAGCCUUUGGUGGGGUUGUGUUCGCUCAGCAGGAGGGCCAACGUAUCGCGGACUACCUUGGACCAAACAACAAGAAUCUGAUAAUGCAAAACCACGGCCUACUCACUGCUGGUGAUACAGUAGCCGAGGCAGCUGCAUUUUUCAUUGCACUAGAAAGAGCCUGUCAGGCACAACUACUAGUGGAGGCAUCAACUGCCCCAGGUACAAUUGGUGCUACCACGAGGGGUCUGAAGAAAACCCUUGUUGAUCCUGAAACCGCACUAUACACCAAGAAGGGAACGGGGUCGCCAGAAGCAAUGUAUAUGCAAUUCGAGCCUGAAUAUCAGCUUUUACUAAAGGAAAGUGGCGGUGAAUUUCUAGAAUAA